UCGACAGCUUCCUUCAUCCGUGACAAACUGCUCACCGUUUCCUGACACGGAAAUUAGGCUGGCGCAGUUCUCGAUUACGGCGGUUUUUCUUUUUCAUGCACACACCGACAACGUAAGCAGCCUUUCUCUUCUCUCAGGUAACGCGAGCCAAUAAACGCUCCCGGACGGUGGCCAAACACGCGAGCUCACGGAAAAAGAGGCGGGAACCUCGCGCACCUUCAGAGGACGCGGAGCGAGUGCGCGCGCACUCACUGAGCUCGAGCACACACGGAGCAGCAGCUUCACGGGCUCAAACCGGCGGAUUGCAGAAGGGGCAGGUGGACGUCUGCGCAGACUACCACCUCCACUUGGCGGUCUAAAAGCAUCUCGGUGGAAAUUUGGCCACUUCAGCCCUUCCGUGAUCUCGGUGUCAUUUGUCACCAAUACAUGCCGUUCAAGUGGUCGUAGUAAACCGUUCCUCGAGAUGGAAAACGCCCACACUAAAUCUGCAUCAGAAGUUUUAGCAAACUUCGGUGUGAAUGAAAACACUGGACUCACGUUGGAACAAGUGAAAAUUAAUUUCGAAAGAUAUGGACCAAACGAGCUCCCAGCUGAAGAAGGUAAAUCAUUGUGGGAGUUGGUGGUGGAGCAGUUUGAGGACCUCCUGGUGAGGAUUCUGCUGCUGGCAGCUUGCGUGUCUUUCGUGUUGGCCCUGUUUGAGGAGGGGGAGGAGACAACCACAGCUUUCGUGGAGCCUAUUGUCAUCCUGCUCAUUCUGGUGGCCAACGCAGUCAUUGGAGUCUGGCAGGAGCGAAAUGCAGAGAAUGCCAUCGAGGCUCUGAAAGAAUAUGAGCCAGAGAUGGGCAAAGUCUACCGCAUGAACCGCACAGCCGUCCAGAUGAUCAAAGCUCGAGACAUUGUGCCUGGAGAUAUUGUGGAGGUUUCUGUUGGAGACAAGGUCCCAGCAGAUAUCAGGAUCACUUCAAUCAAAUCUACCACCCUAAGAGUGGACCAGUCCAUUCUCACAGGCGAAUCUGUGUCUGUUAUCAAACACACUGAUCCUGUGCCAGAUCCACGAGCUGUCAAUCAAGACAAAAAGAACAUGCUGUUUUCUGGCACAAACAUUGCUGCGGGUCGGGCCAUAGGUGUUGUCAUCUCCACUGGCGUUUCCACCGAAAUCGGUAAGAUCCGUAACCAGAUGGCGUCAACAGAGCAGGAGAAGACCCCGUUGCAGCAGAAGCUGGAUGAGUUUGGCCAACAGCUCUCAAAGGUCAUUUCCCUCAUCUGCGUCGCUGUCUGGGUCAUUAACAUCGGCCAUUUCGCCGACCCGGUCCACGGUGGCUCGUGGAUUCGAGGUGCGAUCUACUAUUUCAAGAUAGCCGUGGCCUUGGCAGUUGCAGCCAUCCCGGAGGGUCUGCCAGCUGUCAUCACCACCUGCCUGGCGUUGGGCACCCGUCGCAUGGCCAAGAAAAAUGCCAUUGUCCGUUCUCUGCCCUCAGUGGAGACGCUGGGAUGCACCUCCGUUAUCUGCUCAGACAAGACAGGGACCCUGACAACCAACCAGAUGUCUGUCUGCAGGAUGUUUGUGCUUAAUAAGGCUGAUGACACCAGCUGCUCCCUGCAUGAGUUCACCAUCACCGGCUCAACCUAUGCACCGGAGGGACAUGUGCUGAAAGCCGACAAGCCAGUGCAGUGUGGAGAUUAUGAUGGUCUGGUGGAACUGGCUACUAUUUGCUCCCUGUGCAAUGACUCUUCGCUGGACUAUAAUGAGGCCAAAGGAGUAUACGAGAAAGUGGGUGAGGCCACAGAAACUGCGCUCACGACUCUGGUGGAGAAAAUGAACGUAUUUAAAACUGACCUGUCUGGACUCAGCAAAGUGGACCGAGCUUCAGCGUGCAACUUGAUUUUCAGAAAGCUCAUGCAGAAAAAAUUCACACUGGAGUUUUCCAGAGACAGGAAGUCCAUGUCUGUGUACUGCACUCCCAGUGGCUCGAACUCUCAGAGCAAGAUGUUUAUCAAGGGCGCUCCAGAAGGUGUAAUUGACCGUUGUCAGUUUGUGCGUGUUGGUAAAGACCGUGUCCCAUUGACCAUGGCGGUAAAGGAGGAGCUGAUGAGCACUAUUAGAGACUGGGGGGCAGGCAGGGACACCCUGCGCUGCUUGGCUUUGGCAACACGAGACUCUCCCCCUCCUCAGGACAAAAUGGACCUUGAAAACUCUGCCAAGUUCUCGGAGUACGAGUCAAGUCUGACCUUCGUUGGCUGUGUGGGAAUGUUGGAUCCACCCAGAAAGGAGGUGAUUGGCUCAAUAAAGCUGUGCAGUAAGGCCGGUAUACGUGUCAUCAUGAUCACUGGGGACAACAAGGGCACCGCCGUGGCCAUCUGCAGACGCAUUGGCAUUUUCAAUGAGGAUGAAGAUGUGGAAGGAAGAGCCUACACAGGCAGAGAGUUCGAUGACCUUACUCCAGAGGCCCAGCGAGAAGCUGUGAAAAAGGCACGGUGCUUUGCCCGUGUCGAGCCUGCACACAAGUCAAAGAUCGUUGCUUACCUACAGUCCUUUGAUGAGAUCACAGCGAUGACUGGAGAUGGUGUGAACGAUGCCCCUGCCUUAAAAAAGGCUGAAAUUGGCAUCGCCAUGGGCUCAGGCACAGCUGUAGCCAAGUCAGCCUCCGAGAUGGUGCUCUCUGAUGAUAACUUCUCCACCAUCGUGGCCGCAGUUGAAGAGGGACGAGCCAUCUACAACAACAUGAAGCAGUUUAUCCGUUACCUCAUCUCCUCCAACGUGGGAGAGGUGGUGUGUAUUUUCCUGACAGCAAUCCUUGGCCUACCUGAGGCUCUAAUCCCCGUCCAGUUGUUGUGGGUGAACCUGGUGACAGAUGGUCUGCCAGCCACUGCCCUGGGCUUCAACCCCCCUGAUCUGGACAUCAUGGACAAGCCCCCCAGAAACCCUAAGGAGUCUCUCAUCUCUGGCUGGCUCUUCUUCAGAUACCUGGCCAUUGGAGGAUAUGUGGGUCUAGGCACUGUCAGUGCUGCCACCUGGUGGUAUUUGUUUGAUGAGGAUGGGCCACAGGUGUCUUUUUAUCAGCUGAGGCACUUUAUGCAGUGUACAGAAGAAAAUCCUAUGUUUCAGGGCAUUGACUGUGAGGUCUUUGAGUCCCGUUACCCCACCACCAUGGCUCUUUCUGUGCUUGUUACCAUAGAGAUGUUCAAUGCUCUUAACAGCCUGUCAGAGAAUCAGUCUCUGGUGAGGAUGCCACCCUGGGUGAAUAUAUGGCUGCUAGGGGCAAUAAUCCUUUCCUUAUCUCUCCACUUCCUCAUCCUGUAUGUGGAGCCUCUACCGCUGAUCUUCCAGGUAACUCCACUGAGUUAUUCCCAAUGGAUCAUAGUCCUCAAGAUCUCAAUUCCUGUCAUCCUAUUGGAUGAAGCACUCAAGUAUAUCUCCCGCCACCACUUAGAAGUUUAACUUUCUCCUCUCAUCUUUUAAAAGGUGAAGAGGAGGAAAGGUACAGGAAGAGUCGGCAGCUGAAAUUCUAGGACAACUUCCUCCAGACACACAUGAACACACACACAUGCGCACCCCUGCCUCUUUCCUCCAAGCUUUUAAGACUGCGCCCCGUGCAUACAAACACUCACACACACGUUUGUCAUCACUUAUCCUGUGUCUUCGCUGCAUGUCCAGCCACCACUAAAACAAGCAGGGCUUGUA